AUGACCAGUAGUUCUCCUUCAUCCGGAUAUAUCAUUUCCUCAUCAAGUUCUUCAUUGUCAACGAAAUCCUCCACUACGCCUUCUACAUAUGAUCAGCACAAGAGUAUUACUGGGAACAGUACAGAGGAACAGCGUGCUGAACCCAAAACAGUCCAAGAUCAGGGAGUUGAUACACAAGGAACAGGAACUGAGGAACAGCUACUGACUAAUAUGGAUAGCCGUGUUCUGAGGAGGGACACAAGGAGAUACGAGGUAAUAGGUAACAUUGCGUUUUCUGUGAAGAAGAGUAAUCAGAGGAUCAGAGUUCAAAUCGAAUCAUUUUACACAAUUGAUUGUGGAAAAAGAUUUCUGAAAUCUGAUUCUAUUGUCAUUGCAUGCGUAUCAAUUUGGUAUUCGAUAAUCGAAAUUGUUGAGUUUUCGUAUAAAUUGGUUCAUAUUAGUCAAUUCUUGAUUGUUUUAAUUGUGUUCUUUGAUGAGAAGUUAAUCGCCUUCAUUUACAAAAUUGGAUACAUUGCGUUAUCUUCUAAAAUUGUUGGUUUUAAUAAUCGGAUUUUUGAAAAUUGUUUUGUGAAAUUAGGGUUUAUACAUCAGUGCAUUCCUUGUUGUUUUUGGAAAUUUGUUGCUGAGAAAAUUUCUUGCAAGAUUGUGGCUGGUGAUUAUUUGAGUUGUGUGUUUGUUUUGGUUUCUGGAAAAAUUGUUGUGAAGAUUUUUUUGCAGGUUUUGAUUGUUGACUAUCAUAACAUUGUGUUGUUUGUGAAUACUUGGGGUAAUAUGGACAUGGAUGAAAGAUUAGAGACCCUUACCAAUAUAGUCCAGCAACUAGCCUUGACUGUAGCCAAUAACAUGGGGAACCAGGGGGAAAGACCACAGCAGCCUCUUCAAAACAAUAGGAACAAUGAGGAUAAAACCUUGAAAAUUGAUUUACCUAGUUUUGAUGGACAGUCUCCAGACCCUGAGAUGUAUCUGGAUUGGGAAGCCAAUUUGGAAAGAUAUUUUGACUUUAAGGAAACCACACCUGAACAGCAGUUUAAGCUAGCUAAGAUCAAACUGACCAAGCUUGCUGCAAUAUGGCUGGAAGGAGUGCAAAAGCAAAGAAGGAGGGAGGAUAGAGAGAGAAUCAAUACUUGGGAAAAAUUGAGAAAGCAUUUAAGAAGGAAAUAUGUCCCACGCAAUUAUAGACAGCAGUUGUACAUGAAAUGGGGAACAUUGAGACAAGACCAUAGGACUGUGGCAGAUUAUAUUCAAGAAUGGGAACGGUUGUCUGUUGUUUGUGACACCAAUGAAACUGAGGAGAUGAAGGUUGGGAAAUUCAUAGGGGGACUGAGGGAAGAUCUAAGAAAAAAAUUGGAGUUGACCCCAAACCUUACCUUUAGCUUGGCUUGUAGUAAUGCCCUCACCUUAGAAAAAUAUUCUAAGAAGAAAUCAAGCAUGGGCAGCACCUACAAUAGACCAAUGAGGAGUUAUAACCCAAAGAAUGUUGCUACACCAACACCCACUGUGACUCAGACCAAUGCACCAGAUAGGGUUCCACCCUUGACCAAUAUCACUAAGGAUAAAAAUCCCAGGGACUUGAAGGGGGUUGUUUGUUUCAAAUGCCAUGGACAUGGUCACAUUAAAAGUGAGUGCCCAAAUGUUAGAGCCUUCACUGUGCAAGAAUGGGCAGAAAUUAAAGACAUAGGAAGACCUAGGGCCAUGAUGGUUAGCAGGAAUGGUAGGGAGGAGUUAGUUUGGCCUUCAACAUCUGAGAAGGACCCUGAUGGUACUUACUGUGUUAAUGAUGAGGGAGUCCUGGAAACUUUUGAGGGAACUGAAGACAGUGAGGAAGAAGGGGACAGAGAGGAAGUGUAUCCUGAGCCUGAUUUGCAAAAUUUGUUGAUUAGGAGGAACUUUCAUGCUACCCCAAAGACCAAACCAAAUGAUCAAAGAGAAAACAUCUUCCAAACCAAAUGCAUGAUUAAGAACAAAGUGUGUGACCUAAUCAUAGAUGGGGGAAGUGAAACUAACUGUGUCAGCAAGGAUUUAGUUCAGACCUUAGACUUAGAGACUAAAACACACCCACCUCCCUAUAAGCUGAAAUGGUUGGACAGCAAAGCAAGUGGUUUUGUUAAGAAGAGGUGUUUGAUUCAGUUUGCUAUAGGAUCAUUUAAAGACAAAGUGCUCUGUGAUGUGUUAGAUAUGACUGCCUGUCAUGUGCUCUUGGGUAGGCCCUGGCAGCAUGACAGAAGGACCUUGCAUGAUGGCUAUACUAAUGUGUAUACCUUGAGACAUGAGGGAAAGAUUAAGGACCUUAUGCCCUUGCCACCCCACAAGACUUUACCUCCACAGCAACUAAUAGGUAGUGGCUUUACCUUACCUUCACAGAAGGCAGUAGGCACUUCAUUUCCACAGAGACCUGUAGGUAAUGUAUCUUUGAUAAAUAGAAAGGUGAGUAUUAAGGAGAUCAGGAGGGAGGGACUAGCCUUUCUUUUGUUCAGUAAGGAAGUAACACCAGAGAGUAAUCAACCAGACCCUAGGAUUGCUAAUUUGUUGGAUCAAUUUGCUGAUAUAUUUCCUGUAGAAUUACCAGUAGGGUUACCUCCAUUAAGGGGUAUUGAGCAUCAAAUAGAUCUUAUGCCAGGAACAGCACUGCCCAAUAAGCCUGCAUAUAGAAUUAGCCCUGAGGAAACCAAGGAGUUGCAAAGACAAAUACAGGAGCUUAUGGACAGAGGGUAUGUCAGAGAGAGUAUGAGUCCAUGUGCUGUUCCCACCUUGCUUGUUCCUAAAAAGGAUGGAACAUGGCGUAUGUGUGUUGAUAGCAGGAGCAUGAACAACAUUACUAUCAAAUAUAGGUUUCCCAUUCCUCGAAUAGAUGACAUGUUGGAUGAAUUAUCAGGAUCUCAAUGGUUUAGUAAGAUAGACUUGAGAAGCGGGUAUCAUCAAAUUAGAAUGAGAGAGGGGGAUGAAUGGAAGACAGCCUUCAAAACCAAAUAUGGCUUGUAUGAAUGGAUGGUUAUGCCAUUUGGUCUAACUGGAGCCCCUAGUACCUUCAUGAGAUUAAUGAAUGAGGUCCUAAGACCAUUUUUAGGAAGGUUUAUUGUGGUAUACCUUGAUGACAUACUAGUGUACAGCAGGAGUGUAGAGGAACACCUUGACCAUUUGAAGCAGCUAUUCCAGACUCUUAGGGAACAGAGACUAUUUGGGAAACUAGAGAAGUGUUCCUUCUUGCUAACUGAGGUUUAUUUCUUAGGAUUUAUAGUAGGAAGACAGGGAGUGCAGGUAGACCCCUCAAAGAUAGAAGCCAUUAAGACUUGGCCAGUACCCACUAGUAUCACUCAGGUAAGAUCUUUUCAUGGCCUAGCCUCUUUUUACAGGAGGUUCAUUAAAGGUUUCAGCACCAUUAUGACACCUAUCACAGACUGCACAAAAGGGAAUACCUUCAAGUGGACCACAGAGGCACAAUUAGCUUUUGAGAAAAUUAAGGAAGCCAUGUGUAACCCUCCUAUUCUGAGAUUACCAGACUUUAGUAAACCAUUUGAGGUAGAAUGUGAUGCCAGCAACACAGGGAUUGGAGCUGUUUUAAUUCAAGAAGGUAAACCUGUAGCAUACUUUAGUGAAAAGUUAAAUAAGAGCAGGAUGAAUUAUUCAGCCUAUGAUAAGGAAUUCUAUGCUAUGGUUAGAGCCCUAGAACACUGGUCCCAUUACCUUAAGGGACAGCCCUUUGUUUUGCAUUCUGACCAUGAGUCCCUCAAACAUAUCAGUGGGCAAAACAAACUUAGUACCAAACAUGCUAGAUGGGUUGAAUUUAUGCAAAGCUUUAACUUUGUUGCUAAGUAUAAGGCUGGGAAAACUAACAUUGUGGCAGAUGCUCUAAGUAGGAGAGCACAUUUACUAGCUAUCUUGGAUGCCAAAGUAUUAGGUUUUGAGAUGAUUAAGGAACAGUACAAAACUGAUCCAGACUUCAGUACUCUUUACCAGCAGUGCAGCCAACAACCACAAGGCCCAUUUAGUAUCCAACAGGGGUUUCUUUUCGAAGGGAACAGGCUGUGUAUUCCUAGAACAUCUUUAAGAACAGCCUUAGUAAGAGAGAUACAUGAGGGAAGCUUAGCAGGACACUUUGGUAUACAGAAAACCUUGGAUAUGUUAGCCAAACACUUUUAUUGGCCAAAGAUGUUGGGAACAGUAGGCAAGAUUAUUUUGAGGUGUGAGCCUUGUAUCAAGGCAAAAAUAACAUUCCAUAGAGGGGAAUACAAACCCCUACCCAUUGCACAAAGACCAUGGGAACAUGUGAGUAUGGACUUUAUAGUUGCCCUACCUAAAACACAGAGGGGCAAAGAUGCAGUCAUGGUUGUGGUAGACAGGUUCUCCAAAAUGAGCCAUUUCAUAACAUGUAAUAAGGUGAAUGAUGCUAAUCAAAUAGCCAAGCUUUACUUUGCAGAAAUUGUACGGCUGCAUGGGGUCCCUAGAACUAUAGUAUCAGACAGGGAUAGCAAGUUUUUAAGCUCUUUCUGGAGCACCCUUUGGAGACUACUCAACACUAAGCUUCUGUACAGCACCUCUCAUCACCCACAAACUGACGGGCAGACAGAGGUUACCAACAAAACAUUAGGGUCAAUCCUUAGAACUUUGGUAAAGAAAAAUCUAAGAGAUUGGGACCAGAAGCUGUGUCAUGCAGAGUUUGCCUACAAUAUGAGUCCAAGCUGGGCAACUAAGAUAUCACCUUUUGAAUAUGUGUAUGGAAUGAAUCCUAUAAUACCUGUUUCACUAAUUGAUCUUCUUUCACAUUGCAGACCACAUGGGGAUGCUAAGCAGCAUGCUGAGGACAUGAUGACAAUCCAUAGACAAACCCAAAAACACAUUGAACAAGCUACUGCAAAGUACCAGCAAAAAGUUAACUCAAGCACGUCAGCUCCACAUAAGUUCAAAAUUGGAGACUGGGUAUGGAUUCACCUAAGAAAGGAACGGUUCCCAAGAAAGAGGAAGAACAAAUUAAUGCAAAGAGCCGAUGGACCAUUCCAAAUUACUGAAAAAUAUGGAGACAAUGCGUUCAAAGUAGACCUGCCUGAUCGAUAUGGAGUCUCCCCCAUAUUCAACAUAGGGGAUUUACAGCCUUACUAUGCUGAGUCUGAAUUGGGGACAAUUCGAGCUGAAGAAGGAGGGAAUGAAACAAGUACGCCUUCUACAUAUGAUCAGCACAAGAGUAUUACUGGGAACAGUACAGAGGAACAGCGUGCUGAACCCAAAACAGUCCAAGAUCAGGGAGUUGAUACACAAGGAACAGGAACUGAGGAACAGCUACUGACUAAUAUGGAUGUACAUGGUCCAACCUCGAGAAAAGCAUACAUAGUUUUGCAUAUAAAAGAGGAAGGAUAA